UUACAGAUUCAAGAUUUAUAUUCUUGGUUUCCAAGUUCUUUGAAAUUCUGACAAGGUAAUACAAAAUAAAAGCUGUGGCAUGCAGGUGACUAGCCCAAACAGUAUCAAGAUAUAUAAUUUGAGCAGCGGAAAUUCACUUCCACAAUUUCUUUCUCAACAAAAAAAGCGAGCUCUUCUCAAAAAAGAUGUCAGUUUACGUAGAAGAAUCGAACUCAUUCAAGAUUUUACGAUGCCAACUGUCUGUACAUCAGUUCAAAUGACAAGAGAUGGAAAUUAUGUCUUUGUUGCAGGAACCUACAAGCCAAGGAUUCGUUGCUUUGAUGUAAAUCAACUUUCCCUGAAAUUUGAAAGAUGCCUUGAUGCUGAAGUUGUUUCAUUUGAGGUUUUGUCAGAAGAUUACUCGAAAAUUGUUAUGUUAUUGAAUGAUCGUUAUGUGGAAUUCCACUCACAAGAAGGAAGGUGGUACAGAGUAAGAAUGCCGAAGUUUGGACGGCACAUGAAAUAUUAUCCAGGAAAUUGCGAUUUGUAUUUAGUUGGCACAGGUCCUGAAAUUUACAGACUCAAUUUAGAUCUGGGAAGAUAUUACCAAUCAUUCAAGACAAAUGCACUUGAGCUCAAUGUAUGUGAUAUAAAUGAUCACCAUCAUUUACUUGCCGUUGGUACAUCUGAUGGAAAAAUUGAAUGCUGGGAUCCCAGAUCACGACAAAGAGUUGGUAUUCUUGAUUGCGCAAUGUCUGCUGCUGAAGAAAACAAAAGUAUCAGCGCUUGUCCUGAAGUAACUGCACUUAAAUUCAAAGGUCCUCUCCACAUGUCUGUUGGUAUGAGUAACGGACAGAUUCUGAUGUAUGAUAUUCGUGCUAACAAACCAUAUUCAACUAAAGAUCAUUAUUAUGAUUUACCGAUUCAUUCUAUCGCAUUCAACGAUGAAAACGGUCUUGUUAUUUCAUCUGAUCAACGAUGUGUGAAGUUGUGGGACGAAAAAACGGGAACAGCUGUAACUGCGUUGGAACCUGAAAAUGACAUAAACCAAUUGCAUCUUGUCAACAAUUCUGGUUUGAUUUUCCUUGCUAGUGAGUGCACGAAAGUUCAGACAUAUUUUAUUCCAAUGCUUGGACCUGCUCCAAAAUGGGCUUCAUUUCUUGAUAAUCUCACUGAAGAAUUGGAAGAAAAUCCAGCUCAAGAAAUCUAUGAUGAUUAUAAAUUUGUUACUGAGAAAGAAUUGGAAAAUUUAGGUUUAUCAAAUUUAAUCGGUUCUUCGUUAUUACGAGCAUACAUGCACGGAUAUUUUAUGGACAUACGACUUUAUCACAAAGCUAAAGCGAUAGCAAAUCCAUUUGCCUACAAUGAAUACAGACAAAAGAAAAUCCAAGAAAAAAUGGAAGAAACUAGAGCAAACAGAGUACAAAUCAAGAAAUUACCAAAAGUUAACAAAGGACUAGCAGAACGAUUGUUACAUCAUACUGAAGACACCGAAUUGAAAAGUGGGAAAAGAAAAAAACAAAAGAGAGAAGCGGAAGGUCUUCUUGCCGAUUCACGGUUUAAAGCAAUGUUUGAAAAUCCAGAGUUUGAAAUCAACGAGGAAUCAGAAGAAUUUCAACUUCUUAAUCCUGUUGUUACAAAACAAUUGGAAAAAAAUCGGAAGAAAUCAGAAAAAGUCAAAGUGCAAAGGGAGCAUAGCAGUAGUGAAGAUAGUGAAGUUGAAGGCAAAGGCUCGGAUGAAUCGUCAUCGGAAGAUGAUGACAAAAGCAAAUGGAUAAAAGACGUCAAAUCUGUUCACAAGAAGUUAUACAGAAAAACAUUAGCCGACCGAGAAGAGAGAUCCAAAGCUGAUGCACAGAUCAAACUAGAACCUCAAUUAUAUCAAAUAAAAUCAGGAAUUGAUUUCAGCACAAUGAAAGACCUUGAUAAAAUGAAUAGGGAAAAACGGAAAGAACAGAGAAAGACUUUAAAAGCUACUCUUGAAGAUAGAAUAAAAGAUACAGAAGGCAGUUUUGUGUCCUAUAAAAAAUCAAAUGCAGUUGGAUCAAAAGAAGCUACCUUUAAAAUACAAAGAUGUGAAAAAGAAUCAAAACGAAAAGAAGAACAAAGAAAACAUAGGGAAGAAAGGUUGAAACUCCGAAGAACUGCCAAACAUUUAUCGAGAAUAAAAGCUAAAUCUGGUUUCGGUUCCAAUAAAUGAUAAAAUUUAUACAAAAA